GGUGAUUGCCAUAAGUCUGUAUGCAAAAGUUGAAAAGGAAAAUAAGAGACUCGACUCGAAGAAUAAAAUGGGAGGCGCACAUGCUUUCCCAAUUGACACGCAUGACAAAGAGUUUGUUGAUAAUUUUUAAAUAAAGGAAAAAUAGAAGGGACACCACGCAGGACCGCAGGACUUGGAUGGCCGAGGCGACGAUGCCAGUACCUAACGUACGGAAAACCACAUGUUACAUUUUUGGGACUCCCUUUGGUCAUGGCGACGUUCCUCUCCCCGGAACAAAUAUCCAUCAAUCUUUUUUGGAGACGGAGGAGUUGAUUCGGUCCUCCAGUUUUGGGAAGGCCACUGUCCCCUCCUCCACCCGUCCCACUGCCAUCCCCGGUCCAUCAAUUCAGGAGUCCGGGUCUUCCUCUUCUUCUCAAGUCCGCCACAAGAGGGGCCGGAACUCCACCCCUCUCCCCGGUUCUCUGGUGUCCGCCGGUCCUCCCAUGGGGACCGCCGAUGAUGGGUUUCUCAUUGGGCAAGGGAGUCAACUCUUUCCCUAUGCCCGGGAGGCCUAUCAGUUCACAGGAUACACGUCUUGGGUAGGACGGGACUUCAACAACAAGCUUCAAGAAAUACAACAGCUCAAGAGGGACCAUCCUAACGUGGUCCACAGCCCGGCCUGGCCAUUUAUGCAGGAGGAGUACACUCGUAUGGCCGAUUAUGUUGCCACUUCCUCUGCUCAGCUCCACUCGGACCGUGAGCGGCUUGCGGCCAAGGUCGGGCAACGUGACCUAAACCGGAUUCACGACGCCAAGGAGAUAGAAUUCCUGAGGAGGGACUUGGAGCGGCAGGUCAGAGAGCGUGAAUUGCAAGUUCGAGAGGAAGCAGAACUUCACCGAAGGAGAUCAGAGGAGGAGCUGGAGCGAACGUGGCGUCGUCGAUCCGAGGAGGAAGCGAGGAAGGCGGCGGAAGAGGUCGAGCAGAGGUGGCGCCUCCAACAUGAAGAAACGGAACGUCAACUUUCUCAACUGGUCAACGAGCUAAACCUGACCCUUAUGGAGGAGAGGCGUUCAGCUCGGAGUUCCCUUGAUGAGGCCCGCCGCUCGCUCGAGAACGAGCGUCUCACAUAUGAGGGACAUAUGGCUCGGAUGGAGGCGGAUCGCAUUUCAGACUAUGGCCGGGGUUUCUAUCGUGGAGGUUUGGAAGUCCAAGAAAAAUUUUAUCGUGGACUGGAGCCUUACUCUGAUGGACUAGAUCCUUGGCUGAAGUUUCCAGGCGUCCCAGGACCCAUGGGACCAGAGCCUUCUUUCCUCCGUUCCUCUCCCUCGCCCUGAAUUCUCAAGUCCUCAUGUGUUCUUGUAUUGGCUUUGUCACUUCUU